UAUUUUCUUUAUUAUUUUCUGCAUCUAAAAUUAGAGAGAAUGGUCUCUUCCAUGGCCACUCUUCUCUUCAUUGCAGCUCUAAUGGCUGCUUCUUAUUCUUCAUUUGUAGCCGCUGAAUCAAAAGGAUCUUUUCAAGAUAACUUCAGUAUAAUGUGGUCUGAAGAUCAUUUUAAAACCUCUGAAGAUGGGCAGAUCUGGUACCUCUCUUUGGACAAAGAAACAGGUUGUGGGUUUCAAACCAAGCAGAAAUACAGAUUCGGGUGGUUUAGCAUGAAACUCAAGUUGGUUGGAGGUGACUCAGCCGGUGUAGUCACUGCUUAUUAUAUGUGCACAGAAAAUGGGGCUGGGCCAACAAGAGAUGAGUUGGAUUUUGAGUUUUUGGGGAAUAGAACCGGGCAGCCCUAUCUUAUUCAAACAAACGUUUACAAGAAUGGAACUGGUGGACGUGAGAUGAGGCACAUGCUUUGGUUUGACCCCACUGAGGACUUCCAUACCUAUUCCAUCCUCUGGAACAACCACCAGAUUGUGUUUUUUGUGGACAGGGUUCCGGUGAGGGUGUUAAAAAACAAUGGUGAAGAAAAUAAUUUCUUCCCUAAUGAGAAGCCAAUGUACUUGUUCUCCAGCAUAUGGAACGCGGAUGAUUGGGCAACGCGCGGUGGAUUGGAGAAGACAGAUUGGAAAAGGGCUCCAUUUGUAUCAACUUACAAAGAUUUCAGCGUUGAUGGAUGCCAAUGGGAAGAUCCAUAUCCUAAAUGUGUAUCAACCACCACUAAGAAAUGGUGGGAUCAAUACGAAGCUUGGCAUCUCUCAGAUUCUCAGAAAAUGGACUAUGCUUGGGUUCAGAGAAACCUUGUUAUUUAUGAUUAUUGUAAGGACACUGAAAGGUACCCAACAUUGCCUGUUGAGUGUUCAUUGAGUCCAUGGGAUUGAUGAACCAGAGAAUUAUUUGAUUUU